UCAACACCACCGGGCGUCUGAGUAUUGGGAAAAGCGGUCCUGACUGACGGUCUUCCCCCCCAAAAAACAUCGCCAGCUCGACUGGUUGGAGUUGUUGUCAAUCGUGUCCACAUUUCCGCUGUAUGUGCCGGAGCGAUCCCACCCAUUUUCCAGUGACUCGGGGCAGCUGCGGUCUGUGUCUGGGAAGCAGUGUGAGGCUGGAAGAAGUGUGGAAGUGCUGGGAACAGGGCGCCGAGAGAGCUACACGGCGAAUUUCGGCGUUGGUGUCAUUUGUUUCUUUCCUCUGUCGAGUUGAAAAAACAACAACAACCGGGGCCUUCCCCACCUCCCCCUUUUUCUCUUUGCUAAGGAUUGCUCUCAGCAAGGUCAAUGCAAUAAUUUCAAAGGUUGAGAGCUCCGGGGUGGUUGUCAUUUUUGUUCCUGCAGCCUGUUCUCAGAUCUUGGCUAGCGGUGGACUCUGAUUGUCUUGGAAACUGGAUUUCAGUUCUGGCGAUUUCUCUGAUUCCUCCUAAAGAAAGAUGGACUGUGAGACGUCCUGUUCUCUUUUGUAACAUAAACUUGGGAACUAACAGGAAUUCUUUCUCUGGAGGUGUUAAAUCGUGCCAUUUUCUUGACUUGCACUUUUUCUCCCCCCGAUUUUCAUUGUUAAUGCGAUAAUCAUAUAACAAACCUGUAGGAUGCAACGAGAAGUGUAAACCUACAGGACCCCGAAGAUCUUUAUUGACCACAGCGAACUUUAAAAAAAAAAAACUACUCGGAAAGGGAGCCAAAAUGUCAAAUCCAGCAAGGUUCAAAAAGGAUAAAGAGAUAAUAGCCGAGUAUGAAACUCAAGUAAAAGAAAUCCGUGCACAGCUGGUGGAGCAGCAGAAAUGCCUGGAGCAGCAGACGGAGAUGAGAGUCCAGCUUCUUCAGGACCUUCAGGACUUCUUCCGCAAGAAGGCUGAAAUCGAGAUGGAGUACUCCCGCAACCUGGAAAAGCUGGCUGAGCGCUUUAUGGCCAAGACAAGGAGCACCAAGGACCACCAGCAGUACAAGAAAGACCAGAAUCUCCUGUCCCCUGUCAACUGCUGGUAUUUGCUGCUGAACCAGGUGAGAAGGGAAAGCAAGGAUCAUGCCACCCUAAGUGACAUCUACCUAAACAACGUGAUCAUGCGUUUCAUGCAGAUCAGCGAGGACUCCACUCGGCUUUUCAAAAAGAGCAAAGAGAUAACAUUUCAGCUCCAGGAGGAUUUGAUGAAGGUCCUGAAUGAACUGUAUACAGUCAUGAAGACGUACCACAUGUACCACACCGAGAGCAUCAGUGCCGAGUGCAAGCUGAAGGAGGCGGAGAAACAGGAGGGAAAGCAAAUCGGGCGAUCGGGAGACCCUGUCUUCAGCAUCCGCAUGGAGGAGAAGCACCAGAGACGCAGCUCUGUCAAGAAAAUCGAGAAGAUGAAGGAGAAACGACAAGCCAAGUACUCCGAAAACAAGCUGAAAUCUAUCAAAGCACGGAAUGAAUACCUCCUGACUCUGGAAGCGACAAACUCUUCAGUUUUCAAAUAUUAUAUUCACGAUCUGUCUGAUUUAAUUGAUUGCUGUGAUUUGGGGUACCAUGCCAGUCUGAAUCGGGCGCUACGGACCUAUCUCUCUGCUGAAUACAACUUAGAGACUUCACGGCACGAGGGUCUGGACAUCAUUGAGAACGCUGUGGACAGCCUGGACCCGCGCAGCGACAGGCAGAGGUUCAUGGAAAUGUACCCCACUGCCUUUUGCCCUCCUGUCAAGUUUGAGUUCCAGUCCCACAUGGGGGAUGAGGUGUGUCAGAUCACUGCCCAGCCACCUGUCCAAGCAGAGCUCAUGUUGCGGUUCCAGCAGUUGCAGUCCCGCCUGACGACACUUAAAAUCGAGAAUGAAGAGAUCAAGAAAACCACCGAAGCCACUCUUCAGACAAUUCAGGACAUGGUGACCAUAGAGGACUAUGACGUGUCCGAGUGCUUCCAGCACAGUCGCUCAACGGAGUCGGUGAAGUCGACGGUAUCAGAAACGUACCUCAGUAAGCCGAGCAUUGCCAAGAGGAGGGCAAACCAACAGGAGACGGAGCAAUUCUAUUUCAUGAAAUUCAGAGAGUUUCUGGAAGGAAGCAAUCUCAUCACGAAGCUGCAGGCGAAGCAUGACUUACUGAAAAGGACACUGGGAGAAGGUCACAGAGCCGAGUACAUGACAACCAGCCGGGGACGAAGGAACUCGCACACCAGGCACCAGGAUUCUGGGCAGGUUAUCCCACGUGUUGUUGAAAGCUGUAUUCGCUUCAUCAAUCUCUACGGACUCCAGCAUCAGGGAAUAUUCAGAGUGUCAGGGUCACAGGUGGAAGUCAAUGAUAUCAAGAACUCAUUCGAGAGAGGUAACGAUCCCCUGACAGAUGAGGAGAACAACCAUGAUAUUAACUCAGUUGCCGGAGUUCUCAAGCUCUACUUCAGAGGGCUGGAAAACCCACUCUUUCCCAAGGAAAGAUUUAAUGAUCUCAUUUCCUGUAUCAGAAUAGAAAAUCUCUAUGAGAGAGCUCUGUACAUCCGCAAGAUUCUGCUGACAGUGCCCAGGUCUGUCCUUAUAGUGAUGAGAUACCUCUUUGCCUUCCUCAAUCACUUGUCACAGUACAGUGAUGAAAACAUGAUGGACCCCUACAACUUGGCCAUCUGCUUUGGUCCCACCUUGAUGCCUGUGCCGGACAUCCAAGACCAAGUCUCCUGCCAGGCACAUGUGAAUGAGAUCAUCAAGACCAUCAUCAUUCACCAUGAGACCAUUUUUCCAGACGCCAAGGAGCUGGAUGGCCCAGUGUACGAGAAAUGCAUGGCUGGAGAUGACUACUGCGAUAGUCCCUACAGCGAGCAUGGCACAUUGGAAGAGGUGGAUCAGGAUGGAGAGACGGAGCCCCGCACCAGUGACGAUGAAUGUGAGCCGAUUGAAGCAAUAGCCAAGUUUGAUUACAUUGGCAGGUCCGCCCGGGAGCUGUCUUUCAAGAAAGGUGCAUCACUCCUUCUCUACCAGCGGGCUUCAGAUGACUGGUGGGAGGGCAGACACAAUGGGAUUGAUGGACUGGUACCACAUCAGUACAUAGUGGUUCAAGAUAUGGACGAUACGUUUUCGGAUUCUCUGAGUCUGAAAACGGACAGCGAGGCCAGCAGUGGACCAGUGGCUGAGGACAAAUGUUCCUCCAAGGAUAUCAGCUCUCCCACAGAGCGACUCCCUGAGAGUUUUGUCAGCAGACACAGGAAACGAACGGAGGCCCUUCCUUCACGCAGGCCCCUGGUUCGCCCCCUUGAUGGCCACUGCGCCGUCCACCCGUCGCAGGGUCACGUCAACGCCGCCCUGGAGAUGAGCCCCGCCAGUGCGGUCAGCCACUACAGCCCGCGGGCCCUGCUGCAGAGCCGGAACCUCGCCGUGGACAGUCCCGAGCGCCGGCGUCGCGCGGGCCACGGCAGCCUGACCAACAUCAGCCGCCAUGACUCCCUGAAGAAGAUGGAGAGCCCGCCAAUUCGCCGCUCUACCUCCUCCGGCCAAUAUAGCGGCUUCACCGAACCGCACAAGGCCCUGGACCCUGAGACUAUCGCGCAGGACAUCGAGGAGACGAUGAACAUGGCCCUGAACGAGCUCCGGGAGCUGGAGCGCCAGAGCUCGGCCCAGCACGCCCCGGACGUCGUCCUGGACACGCUGGAGCAGAUGAAGAACGCCCCGGCGCCGGCCGGCGGCUGUGGCGAGGGUCUGGGCCCGCUCCACGGCGGGGUCCCGCUGAGGCUGCGCCCCAAACCCAGCGUCCUGCCCAAAACCAGCCCUGGCCAGGCCCCCCCUCCGCCAGCCCAGGGCUCCGUGGACAAGUCCUGCACGAUGUGAACUGGAUUGCUACCUCCAACACGCGAGGCCCAGAGGAGAUAUACUUAACAUACAGUAGAACAUGAAUAGGUAAACAAGAAAGCUUCAGAGUCCAUAGCUUGGUCAAAUUUAAAGGGACAUUUAAAUAAUGAUAGUUUUGUGUUUGUAAAAUGGGUGUGUGCUCUUUCAGUGUUUAGGAAGUUAACGUCUCCUGUUAUAGUUGCAUUUAUUAACAAAAAAAAGGGCAUUUCUACAUUUCUUGGUAAAAACUGGACUACCGUGCAUUCAAUGUUCGUUUUGAGGUGAAACAAAGAAGCAUUUAGCGUUACUUGAAACAAAACUAAGUCAGUGUAUGCUGCACCACUAGAUUGUAAAGGAAACUUAUUUCGAAAAAGCAACACAAAUCACAAAGGCUUCCUGUGUGGUAAUAAUUAUUUCAGAUCUUUAGUUUAUAUAAAUGGUUGACUGUGUAAAUGUAACAAAAAAAACAACAGAUGAAUAAGAACAGUUUUGUAGAGUUAGUUUCUAAUAUAGCCAGAGAUCUCUGGAAAGCAAAGUCUUGUCAGUAUUUGAGCAAGGCUAGAAUCCACUCAGUUCAUUAAGCAUAUUUUUAUGUAACAGGUUCUUGGCCUUACUGCCACAUAGUGAUACGGGCUCUGCCUUUGCUGAGUGAAUCUUGAUAACCACUCCUUUAAGCUGCUGCUGUAUUCCCAAAGGAUGUUUACAAAGGCCAAGAAACAGAAGGUGCACCUGUCAGGUACAGUAGUUCACAUGUAAGGGGAAUUUCACACCAGAAGCAUUACCUUAAACUGAGAAGUUUAAAAAAUGGACGCUUUUGAUUCUAGUACAGCUGAUUGUAAAUAAAACACUGGGUUGUCAACAUUCCAUGAAGGCACUUUAAAGUUAUCUUACACCUGAUCAAUCCAGGUUUAAACAGGCUCUACUCGGGAAAACCUGAAACCACAAAUAACAACAGCUGCAGAAGAUCAUACAUUAUUUAUCUAAUACCUUCCAAGGGGUGUGUAUCCUACAGAAAGGCAGCAAUGCUAUUACAAAGCAUAUCUUACUACAAAUGUAAAUAUUUUCUGUUCUGAAUCCGGGGCUUUAAAGUACACACAUCACAAAGUUAUAAAAUUUCACUAAGGAUUUGUUUGCGAAAAGUAAAAGUAUUGUUCUGACUCUUGUUAUCAGGAUAGAUAUAUCUACAGUAAGUGGCCUUUUGAUUUACAGUAAGACCUGCCAUUUGAGGUUCACAAUAGCUCCUAGAAGGAUUUGAUGUGGUGAAUGUUUAGUGCUGUCUCAUUAUACAGUACAUAUUGAUAUAGAAGCAGCCAGGACAGAGAGUGUAGAAUUUGAAUACUGUCUCUUGUGGCUCCUGGUGUGAAUUCCUGCCUGGCCUCACAUCAUUCCAACACUGGGCUACACACUAAGACACACUUGUCUGGGUUUCCACUGCCAGGUUUACCUUUUGAGGUCAACAGCACUUCCAAAUGAUAGAAGGGUGUUUCAACUGGGACCUGGCCUGACAUGUUCAGGUAAAAAAAAGAGAGCCUUUCCAGGGUUCAUUUGAAACACCACAAAGUGUUUCUCCCCCUUGUUUGGGGCAGGAUACACAGAAAAGGCCUGUCAGGGCCUGAUGAUACACAAAGAAGGAUGCCUUUCAAAGUUACGUUCACGUGAAGCAACGGAAAAAAAACAAACUCUUUUCACCCAAAGAUACACCCCACCCUCCCAGCCGAGUUUUACAAUCCAUUUGUUUUCAUUUGCACCUACCUACCUGUAGUUCUGUGGUUUUACAAGACUUGUUCAGAGCCGUCUCCCUAUUAGUUCUAACAGUGUUAUAGUGUUCACUGAAAUAAAGUAAUAAAUCUAGUAGCCAAUGGCUUUUUGACUGUUACUGGUGAUUUAUCUUUACUCCACCAUCACAUAAAAGGCCACAGCUGACAGUGGCUGCUUUUGAAGGGUUCUUAUUUUAAUUGUUUAAUCCCUGCUUUAGUUUCUCUUGGAUGUGUUUUGUACUCGUAGCAGCAGUGAGACAGGUUAACUGCUGCCCAAGCCAUUUCACAUUUUACAACCGACACGCUCUCGUGCAGUAACUGGUCUUGGUUUUUCACAUUGCUGGAGUGGAACUUGAUUUUGAGUAGAUUCACACAGUAGUAAGUGGACAGUUCAUUUUCUAAGCAAAUGUUUGAGCUUUUUGUUUGUUUUUGCUUCAUCGGGGGAAUGCAGACUGUAAAACCUCAAGUGUAAAUCGGCAAAGACGGUAAACCAACAGGAAUCAAAUUUGUUCAACUGGUUUAUGGUAACCUAACACUAUGCUUUAUUUACCAUUUAUGCUAAAAUUAUUAAAGCAGCUGUCUCUGACCAUAAUCUCAGAGAGCUCCAGUCCAGCUGGUUUUAUGUGUAACCUCUAAAUCAUUGAUUUCUAAAGAUCUUUAAACAGUUUUACUGUGAUAUAUUAAACGGGUGAUUUAUUAAAUGAAGUAAUUUAGAGAUCAUCUGGAACAAAUGUCUGACAGCCUACAACCCUUAAGAACGAAACUUCCUUUAACUGAACAAAUUACAUGCUUGAUUGACCAGCAUCUCAAAGCAUUCCUGAUCUUUACUGGUGAACAACUGGUGAUUUGUAAGGCUGACUGGAUUGGGACUCUGCAGGAACAGGUUUGGAGACCCCUGCUCUAAAGAGUUCAGCCAACUGACCUUGUUUGUAGUGACCGCGGUCUCUGAAGUUUAACAGAAAGGAUGACAAAAGUUAUGUUGUACCUAAUUGCCCAUAAAUGUAAAUAUAUCUGAAUUUUUUUAGGUUAACUGGCGUUUUCAAAUAACUACUGUGAACACAGGGCGCAGUUCAGUAUUGGACAUUUGGUGCACCUACAUAUGGGACUGUGUCCUUGCAUACAAUGAUCAUGGACUUGGACAGAUUGAUGCAGCUGUGUACCAUGACUUUUUCCAUACAUGCAAGCCAUCAUGGGUACAAACAGUUGUCAAUUUUGCUCUGCCAUGCAUAACAGAUUUUACGACAGUUAUCUGCACAGAGCCGCUGACUUGAAGCAUCCUGUGUGAACAUGGUUUUAAUGUAAAUUGAUAAAAACCCCUCUUAAAUAAUUUACAUGAUCUGUUUUCCAAACAAGACUGAAGCAAAGCAACUGGAGCACAUGCAUGAGAAACUAGGCUCAAAUUGUCUAUAAGGAGGGUUUAAUAGGUUUGUGUGAUCUUGUGUGAGCGGGUCCCACCUCUUUAAAGUUAAAAGUCUGUGGUUUUCUUUUUAAAUGCCAGAUGUGACUUCACAAAGAGAGAGGUUUCUAAUUAUAAUGAAUUCUUCAAUUCUUUAUAAUGAAUGACCAUGAGGUGCAUUCCUGUAAUUAUACUAUAUAAUAGUGUGAUGGUUUUGUGUACAGUAUGUUUAAAAUUAACAUUAGUUAAUUAAAUGGUGAGCCUUUAAAGACAAGUAAUACUAUUAAGGAUAUUUGUAAAAGAAUCAUCCUCCUGUUUGCAAUAAGCUGUUUUUUCUUCUCUUCAGUGAACAGCGUCUACAAAAAAAAAAGUUAAAUUCAAACUUUUUUUUUCUAAAAAAGGGGGAAAAAACAGUUGAUUGCAAAUAGAAGCAAAAUAUGUUUUCGACAGAGCCCAGUCUAUAGUGUCUCCUACACAAACCUCAUAAAAUCAGUGUUGCUCUUCGGCUAUCCGUGCUAGGUUUCCUGCUUGUUGACUGUUAAUUUAUUGUGUCAAUGUACAUCUGUAGUAUGUACAUGUGAAAGUGCCUUUAAAAGUUUUAGAGGAACUUCAAACUUGUUCUGUACUGUUGGAUUUUCAUUUCAACCCCUACACAGAUGAGCAAGUACAGUAGGAAAAAAAUACAGUUCUGGAAAAAUACAGCUAAUCCAUUGUGACAUUGCACUUCUAUGGUAGAGGACUGUAGAGUUCGGCAUGUAGCAUUAAAACGUUUCAGUACACUUUCAGGGUUGUUCCUCUUAGUGGAUCUUUCUAAUAAAGAAAAUAGUUCUGUCAGCAUGA